GUCGAUCUACCAACUUAUCCAGCGCCUUCUUUGCACAAUACAAUUUCGAAAUUCAUUCAAUUCUCUCGUCCAAUUCAAAAUGACGAUGAAUAUCAAAAAACUAUUGAGCUUACACCAUGGUGGAUAGAUGUAGCAUAUCUUAAAAAUCGAGCACCUCUACCAAUAAAUAGCAGCCCAGGUCUUACAUUUCCGAAGUGGAAUUACUCGGGUGUUGAUGGGCAAAUUUUGAUCGCAGCAAAAGUUAUUCAGUCUGCUGUUCGCUUUUAUGAGAAAAUCAUUAAUCUCAAAAGAUUAAUUGACAUUGCCAAAAAAUCGAACGGUUAUCAUCUUGAUAUGAGCCAAUAUCAGUUAAUAUUUGGUACGACUCGUAUACCAGCAUGUGCUAAAGACAAAAUAUGUUAUGGAAAAGAAAAGAAAUCUAAUCAUAUCAUUGUGAUUCGAAAUGGUCAUCUUUUUCAACUUCCUAUAUUCAAUUCAAGUGGAAAAGUUUUGGGCAUUCAGCAAUUGAUAGAUGAAAUAAAGGAAAAUAUUCUACCGCUUAGCUCAGAAUCGAAUCCAUAUCCAAUCUGUGUUAUGACAUCUGAAGGUCGUGAUGCUUGGGCUGAAGUUUACAAUCGCAUAAAAGAAGUGAAUGCCGAUGCGAUAAAAAUUAUAGAAGAUAGUUUGUUUACACUAUGCCUUGACAAUAAAAUGCAAAUAGGCGAUCAAUCCUCUGAUCUCGACAUACAAGCAUCUCAAUGCCUUCAUGGCGGUGGAAUACGAAAUAAUUCAGCAAAUCGAUGGUUCGACAAAACAAUUCAGUUUGUAAUCGGUACUGAUGGUUACUGUGGUGUCACUUAUGAACAUACACCUGCAGAAGCACCACCAAUUGCUAAUUUGAUGGAUUUUAUUUGCGAUGAAAUGUUUAUUUUAUUGUACUAUUAUAAGAAAAAAUCAUCUCAGGCCCUUAUAUUCGGUAUCAAUAAAAUGGCUGUCGAUACUUUUGAUAAGUUUGGCAAAAAUACUAUCAAAAAUCAUGGUAUUAGUCCGGAUAGCUUUAUACAAAUAGCUAUGCAAACUGCUUAUUAUCGCAUUCAUCGAAAAUUGGCCAUCGUUUAUGAAACAGCAUCUCUUCGACGAUUUACAGAAGGUCGUACGGAGAUAAUUCGAUCACCAUGCUUUAUGACUUCAAUGUUCAUAACAGAUUUUGUGAACUCGGAUGAUGAAGCAGAUCAUAAUUUGUUGAUCGAAAUGCUAAGAGGAGCAAUACAACAACAUAAGAAAUAUAAUAUUGAGGUCGGAGAUGGCAUGGAUCGGCAUCUAUUGGCUAUGCGUCUCAUUUGUCAAGAAAAAGAUAUCGAGGUACCGCGAAUAUUGGAAACUGAUAUUUACAAACGAAUGAUGCACUUUACUUUAUCAACGAGCCAGGUUCCAUCAAGAAAUGAAAUCCAAGUAGCAUUUGGACCGUCUGCAAGAGAUUGCUAUGGAAUUUGUUACAAUCCACGACCUAAUGAGUUACAAUUUGCAAUAACAACAUUUAAGGACAAUGAAAUGACAAAGUCGGAAGAGUUUAUCAAAGAAUUAGGACUUGUUUUGAAUGAUCUUAAUAAUCUAUUAAAUCGCAACGAGAAGCCUUAA